CGGCCUUCGACGGAGGCUCGGUUUGUCCUCGUCCACUGCUGCCGCUGCCGCUGCCGCCGCACCGGCGGAGAGGGCGCCAGGCAAUCGCCGUGGUAAGUCACUCAGCCAUUCACUCAGUCAGGCGAGCCAGAGUAUGCACACUGUUCACUCUCUCUCUCUCUCUCUGUGUGUGUGUGUGUGUGUGUGAUACAGAACAAACAGGAGUGCCUGGAGAGGGACCAUAGCCUCUGUUUGGUGCGAGAGAAGGACGUGUGGGUCGGUUUGGUGUGGUAUUGGCCAUGAAGGACGAGCGCGGCUGCAAGUGGGCUGUCAAGGUUCUGCACAAGGAUCAUGAUUGCGCUACACCAGUGAGUGGGUGGGGUGAGACACAACACACAAGGGACAAACGGGCGGAUGGACGGGUCAAUGGGUGUGUGCGUGUGUUGUGUGCAGAACGGCGAGUUUGUUAGGACUGGCAAUGACAUUUGGGUGGUCUACUGCGAGCGUCUUGAGCGCGGCCACCGACACAUCGUCAACAUCGCGGCCGUCUAUCACCUGUGUGGCCCCCAUGACGAGCGGAUUACCGCCUACAAGAUGGAAUGGAUUGACAGUACGGGCCAUACCCAUACACACAUUCGUGACUGGCUGGCUGCGAUAUGUUUCGUCAUUUUAUGCAUAUGUGGGUGGCCUCAGGUAUACUUUGUCAGUUUGACGGUUGUGCGGCAAGCACCCCCCCGGCUCCCACACAUCGCAGAUGGCGUUUUCGCGGCGCUCGAGCUCUUCCACCGGCUGCAUCUCGUGCAUGGAGAUAUCCACGUCAGUCAGUGGGCGACGGGGGGCACUCAUGCACAUACUCUCAAAGACAGACGUGUGUGUGGGGCGUGUGUGUGCAGGAGGCAACAUAGGCGUUCGUAGGAGCCGCAACGGCAGCUAUGAGGCGGUCCUGAUCGAUUUGGAUCGGCUGAGACUGGACCCAUCCACGCCGAAGAGGUCAGUGAUAUGGGAAACACGGACGCAGUGUACAUGAGUACAUGAGUGCGUUUGUGUGUCUCUGUGUGUGUGAAUGUAUGUGUAGGGUCCUAGGGUGAUGGACACGAGCAGAGAUUUCUGGUGUGCCGCAAGGCUCUUACGUGCAUGGAGAUAUCCACGUCAGUGAGUGGGCGAGCUCAGUGUGGAUAUGCCCAUGCACAUAC